GGGGAAAAUCCCGAAAAGUAUCAAAUCCACUGUCAGUCUUUCGACUCUUUACUCUCUGUCAAGCUAUGAAGCGACCGUUACGCGUUCGAAGUUCUUCCGAGAAUUAAUAUGGAUAAGAACAACAAAGAUUGGGCCUUCGUAUCGAAAUUGUAUAUCUAGAGAAUAAUUCAGGGUUUACGUUGUUAUCUUAUCAUCUGAGAUCGACUUCGCUGAGCAAAGCUAAUCGUUGGAGUGGAUCUGAACUCUCGAAGCUGAGGCAUUACUAGGGUUUCUACUUGUUUCAACGCUUCUAUUAAGUUCUUGUUGAGAUCUUGGUGCAACUUGGUUUUCUUUCCCAAGUUCUGCUGGAUGUUAGUUGACCAAAAUAAUGUGGCAUAAGAAACAAAACAUGGCAUUCCCAGGUCAGAUGAUGGGUCCUCCUCGGCCUCAGCCUAGCCCUUUGGAGAACAUGAUAGUCCCACCUCCCAUUGGUGUUCCUGAUAAGGGUUUCCUGGCAGAAUCAUCAAGGAAAAGGAAAGCAUCAGCUUUGAGUCAACAGGGAAAUAACUUAUCUGAUGGCAUUUUUGAGUCAGUUCUAGAAAAUUCCUUCCCUAGAGAGUCAUACGCACAGCAUGGGAAUAGUGCACUUUCAGUGAUGAAUAUGCAAAAGAACAGUUUUGGAACAUUUUCAAGUCAAACUGCUCAGUCUGGAGAGCCAAACACUGAAAACACUCAAUUUGGGAACUACCAACAUCAUCAUCUGACUAACUUUUCAACAACUUGGCAGAACAACAAUAUGCACUUACCACAAUUUGCAGUUGAAAAAAUGAAUAAUUCGAGUAUGCUGCCUCAAUCUUUUCAUCAUAAAGGACCCCCACCUUCACUCAAGUCGGCAGGUGAGGAAAUCCUUAAAAUACCUGAUCUUCAACACCUAGUACAUAAUACAGCCAGCCAAACUGAAGCCCACAAGUUUCCCUUUUAUUUGAAUUCAGCUGAUGCAUGUAUUGGAAAAGCUCAGGAUGGUACUCCUUUAAAGGAUGAGAUGGACAUUGGCCAUGGAAAUCAAUUUGCUGCAGCUAAUCCAACAAUGGGACUGAACUGUGUGUCUUUUAAAAGUUUGAGAUCCUCGGAGAUGUCAGAGCAGAGUUUGGUUAAAAAUGAAAAGUUGAUGCAUUCUGUAAAAUUUGAUGGAAAAGAAGGUAGUCAAGGCACUAGUAGCAUUGCUUCUUCCAUAGAGGUUCAGAAUAGUGCUCAAAAUUUGAACACUUCAUGGGAAACUUCCGUAUGCAUCGAGGGAAAGAAAAAUGAUCAAUCGUGUGAAAAUCCUAACAGUGAAAUAAGAUCUGCCAGUUCUGAUGUGGGUUUAGGAGUUAAACUGAAGGACAGAGAUCAAUGCCCUGCAGAUCAGAACAUUAAGGAUGUUAAGAAAACAGUAGGAUCAGAUUCAGGGAAUGUGAAACCUACUUCGAGGGAGAAAAUCUCGCCUGGAAAUGCUGAUAAUCCUGCCAAAUCUCGUGUUCGGCACAGUUUUGGAUAUGAUCAGCAUAUGGAUGGAAAAAGCAAGUCACUUGCAGGCAAAGUAGCUCCUCCAGGCGUUGAAAAACUCUGGGAUGGAUCCCUUCAGCUAAAUGCAUCUGUAACUGUGUCAGCAGUUGCCUUCUUUAAAAGUGGUGAGAAGGCACCCGAGAUCAACUGGUCUGAAUUUGUAGAAGUUAAGGGCAAAGUAAGGUUGGAGGCUUUUGAAAAAUUUAUUCAAGAACUUCCCCGUUCACGCAACCGUGGAUUGAUGGUAAUCUCACUUUGUUGGAAAGCUGGAUCUUCCAAAGCUGGACUCACAGGCAUGAAGGAGGUCGCAAAAGGUUACAAAGAAGUAGAGAGGGUAGGGUUUGCGCAACUCUCUCAGGGUAUAGAUCUUUAUGUCUGUCCUCGCAGUGACACCAUAAUCACAAUACUUGCAAAAUAUGGUUUCUUUAAGGGCAUGGCGGCAGUUGAAGAAGAUCAAGACUCAUUGAUUGGUUGCGUAGUGUGGCGGAGAAACCGUACAUUGUCAAAUCCCAAUGCUGUGUUGAAGAAAUCUGAAGGGAAGAAUCGUCAGUCAGCAGAGAAAACUCUCAACUCUCCCUCUGACUCUGCUAUCGUACAAACUAUGGAAAUUAAUCCGUCACUUACUGUGGCUCAGGUUUCCAGCCCACUUGAUUCAGGAGCCGGAUGCACACCUAUUGAGAGUGCUGGAAGCGUAGGUACUGAGAACAAGAUUAUCCAGUCCAGCUCACUCCAGCUGGGAGUAGGUAAUUCUUUUACCAGUUCUAAUCGAGAACCAACUUCUGUUUCAAACAAUUCUCUGCCAACCCCUGGGCCAAAUAAUUCCCAAGUUAUCCCAAUGGGAAUUCAAUCAGCUCUCCCUCCUAACUCAAGCUCUUUGUGGGGUAAUUCUUUUACCUAUCUUAAUGCAAAGCAAAUUCCUGUUCCAAUUAAUUCUCCACCAAAUCCUGGGCCAAAUAACUCCCAAGCCAUACCAAUGGGGCCUCAACCAGCUCUCAUUGCUGACUUAAAUUCUCUGCGGCACCUUAUAGGACAGUCAUUGCAAGUUGAGAUUCCUCUCAAGGGCCUUCCAGGACCAGAAAAGCCUGACAGAAGUUUGGAUCUGCCAAAACCUGUUAUUCCUUUACCAUCUCAAGCAGUAAAACAACAUAGAGCUCCUGCAACUGAUUAUGAUGAUCUACCUGAGUUUGACUUCAGGGCAGCAUGUGGGGUUUCUGAGAGUAUGUUCAACAAACCUCUGUUGUCCACCAACAGUGCGUAUGUUUUAGACGCCAGUCCAUCUGGCAAUAAACUUUCAGCUGAAGGAGCAGGGAAAGGAGAUGGUUCCAUGACAUCUAAAGUGACUGUGCAGCCACUGACAGAAAUUAACCAACAAAAACCACAUAUUCCAACCUUACCAGGGCUUGCUUUGGAUACCAAUCACAGAAUGCCUCCAAUAAAGAAGCCUGGAGAAUAUGAAAUGCAGCUUCCAACGUUUUCCCUUUCAGUUGGGAAGCCCAAAGUCCACGGCAAUGAGGUGUUGUGUGGACCUGGUACUUCGAAACCAUCUCAUGGUGCUGCUAUAACCCCAAGAAAAAAUCUCUGGGAUGAUGAUGAUGACAUGCCCGAAUGGUGUCCGCCCGAUCAGGAGCACCAGAACCAACCACUCCCAAUUCCUUUGGUCCCCUCUCUGGUUCCCAAUCCAUCAUUUGGGAAGGUACUACCAGCUGCACCAAGGCCUCCUUUCCCUUGUCCAUCUCAAGUUACUAUACGUCCACCAUCAUGUGCUCAAGGAUCACCUCGUGGAUAUCAGCACUGUCCUAUAACUAUAACUGUGAAGCCAGCAGAAACAAGACCUGUAGGUGGAUACAUUCAAAGAGGAACAAGUUCUUUGCCUGGCUUCAAUCCUAACUUCCCUUUGAGACCACAGUACAAUGUGUUCAAUAUGAGAUCUCCUAUUAGACCUUCUGGUUGGAGGGGACGGAGGUCUUGACAUUCUAGAUGGGGGGGAAGAUGAGACGUAAUCUUGAUAGCUACUGUAAGUCAAGAAAUAGUGUUUGGUCUUUUGAUGUUCUCAGACAUGCCAUUAGUUGUUCUGGAUAAUAUGAUUUCACAAAGAUUCAGGUUCUUUAGGGAUAAAUCAACUUUGUACAUAAGAAGCAAGGCCAGGUUAGAGUUUCAUGGCUUGUGCUUCGUUUGUCUUGUGUAGUUAAAUCUACAUUCAUGUUUUCCAUCUUUUGUUGCUCUAGUUAAUCAUGCCUUUUUCCA